AGCAGCACGCGCCGUCCAUCUUCUCCUCCUCCUCCUCCUCCUGUCGGACUGCAUGCUGUGUUCGCGGUAUUUAUCCGCUUUUAUCGGCUCUUUUUCCUCUGAUUGACCCCCCUCUCCUCCCCCUCCCCUCCUCCCUCCUCUGAGCCUGAGGGAGGGGGGGAGKUGUUAAUGUGUCGCGUGGGAGAGCCGUUCUCCCCUCGCGGCCGGUGGCCACCAUGACCUUCUGUCGGAGCUCGCGCCGGCCCGCUUGACCAGACAGGCUAACCGUGACGACUGCCAGGCGCUAACUUCCUGCUGAAACGUGUGCGUAUGCGUUUGUGCGUGUGAGGGGUCAUGUCGAGCAUGACGAGUGGCGUGUGCGUGGACAGUGACCUCUCCUCCAUGCUCCAGAGAAGCUCCGCCCCCUCUCACCACCAUCCCAAUCACCAUGGCUACGGUGGACAGGGACAGGUGUCGGGCCUGGCGCCGAUGCUGGACUACACCACGGAGAUGGACCGGUACCGCUCGUCCAUCGCCAGCUUCUACAAGACCAACGUGAACAUGAACAUGAACAUGAACGUUACAAACUUCCCCCAGUCCGCCAAGCUGGCGGCACGGCUGGCGGCCGCCGCUCCCAUCUUCCCCCCGGCCGCCGCCAGGCUGGGCGCUAUGGCCACGGCACCCUGGGGUUGCCACGACAACAUGAACMUGAACCACCCGGCGGCCAUGUUCUGGGGCCGACCCAAGCCCGUGGCGACGGCGCCGGCGCAUCAYCACCACCACCAUCCGUCGGCGACGCCGGGUCACAUGACCCCCUCCUCCCACCCCCACAGCARCGGUGGCGUGCAUCAGAGCAGCAGCGGGUCAGGAGGGGGCGGAGGGGGAGGGGGCAGUGAAGGGGGAGGAGCCGAAAAACACGGACACACUGCGUCGCUUCCUGUUACACAAGGACCUGCGCACCAUCACCCCAUGGCACCGAGCAACGGGAACUUCCUGCCCGGCUACGGCGGCGGGGCGGACUGCGGCGUCAUGAACAAGCAGGGACACGCCCACGCAGACAUGAUGGGCCUAUCAGAGGGAGGCAGCUGCAAUGGGGGAGGGGUGAUGACUGGUGGCUUCCUGGGGGGGCUGGGAUUACCCCCUGGGGUGAUCGUCAUGGCRAUGGGGUCUGCAGGAGGCGGGAUCUCAGACACUAGCAGCGCCUUUCAGAUGACAAGUGGCCAGAGGGCGCUAACGGACUGCCAGCAGCACGCUAACUCCUCCCCCUGCCCCUCCUCCUCCUCGCCGUCAUCGUCAGGGGUAACAACCGGCGGCGUCUCCCUGUCCUCGUCGUCCUCUUCGUCGUCGGGGACGGUGGCGAAGAGGAAGAGGAAGCGGUGCGGCGUGUGCGGGCCGUGCAGGAGGCUCAUCAACUGCGGCGUCUGCUCGUCCUGCCGCAACCGCAAGACAGGUCAUCAGAUCUGCAAGUUCAGGAAGUGUGAGGAGCUGAAGAAGAAGCCUGGGGGAGGAGGGGGGGUACUGGAGCGGCCGCCCUCCGUCCCGACUGGUGAGGCGUUUCGUUGGUUCUUCUAGCCCUCCAUUUGCCACAAACUCAAGGAGUUUGUCACUAAAGCAGACGGACUACAGCACCCAGCAGAAGGAGCUUCUGGGACUGAACAAGAGUCUUUGCAGCAGGAUUUCAUUCUGCGUGGAGGACAGUGAUAGCCCACAAAUCCCUAUCAGCUGAACGAGGGGCCUGCUGGCCAGAACAAGAGGAAGAGACAGUUUGAUCACAGGAAACAGGAGGGGGCAAUCACGAUGAGCCAAAGUGUCAUGUUUGUCUCUAAAGGUUCACAAAUCCCCACACAGACAUCUCUGUGCUGCAGGGAUGAAUGGUAAAAGUUUAUUUUGUAUGCGUUAACAUCUCAGAUUGGUAAAAUUAUAACAUUAGUUUGAUCUAGAGCUGUCCUUCAUUUAUACAUUUUCUGUAUGAUUUACAUGAGCUGCAGUUUGUUUAUAACACAAUUAAUUUCCACUGGUUACUGAUUGGUUGAAUUAAAAACAAAACAAAUACUUUUAAAGCACAAUACAUUCUAAUUUGUGUUGCACAUGGGCUGAGUAGUUCAAACAUCUAAUACAGGGGUCUCCAACCAGUACCUCCUGAGCUCAUUUAAAGUAGCUCUUCAGUGCUUACGAAAAAUUAGGAGAAGCAAAUUUUAAUUUGUCACUGGCCAAACAAACUUUCAUUUAAUUCAAAUAAUCUUUAGAAGUCCAUUCCCCUUGGUUGUCAAUCAAACAGUUUAGGGCUCAGUAUGGUCGAUCGACAGACGAUGCACGGUUACGUGUUUGUUCAGCGAUUGUUUUCGCAUGCACCUUUCAUGGCCCCUUGAGACACACUGGCUGUGUCCAAAACAGGAAGCCGGGUCUUCCGAAGGACCCGACCUCCCAUUUUGGACACAGCGACUGUGCCAAACUCCUGGGAGUACACUACAGGGGGUUUCUUCCUGCUGGAAUCUACAAUGCGGAAAGAAAUAAAAUAAAAAUCUGAGACCCGUCUCCCUACGUUAUUUGUGCACAGAUCUGUUGCAGUCGAACCCUAAGUUAUUAGUGUGAAAUACACUAUAAUAUGAAUGGAUAAACACAAAAAGCACGGUCAUGUAAACUCAGUGUUCUUUGUGGUGGUUUCAUGUGAAAUGAAGACAGUUUUUUUGUGCAAAACAAGCUUAUUCCAAUGGUUUAAGUUUAAAAUUAAAUGUUGCAAAAAGUAGCUCUCGGAAAAUUUCAUUUUGUAAAAGUAGCUCUUAAGGUAAAAAAAAAGGUUGGAGACCCCUGAUCUAAAAGGUUUGACCCAAGACAGCAGAAAAACCUGAAACUUCAAACAUUAAGCCCAUUAAUAAAAAUAAAACCUUCCUGAACUGUAAACAGAAGCAAGUGGUCGUCACACAUUUAACGUGUCUUUAGUGUUUUGGAGAGAAAACUGAGCUCAGAUACAAUGAAAGUCAAUGAGAGUUUGGGUCCUCUGACCUCUGGGGAAUGGGACACACUGAGUGAAAUGAGAUAUAAAUACCUGCAUUUUGAUGUAAAAAUGAGGAGAAAUGUGAAAUUUAUGGGUGUCAGACGAGUUCAGAGAGCUCAGGAGUUAAACUGUAUGACAUCAUCACUCCAAAAAUCAAACCUAAACUGAUUGUAAAAACUAACAGAAAUUUUAAUUCAGUUGAGCCAUAUGAAGUCCAACUCCCUGUAACCAGUUUAACAGAGCUGUAGMUCCAAACAGGACUGGGUUUUACCGCUUCAUGUUCUGAUCCAGCUGCACCUGUUCAUGUGUUUUUGUUGGUUGGUUUGUUUUAAUCAGGUGUUGGUUAAAUAAAAACAAGAACAAAUGGAUAAAGAAUGUUUAAAGAAGUGAAGUUUUCCAGUGAAACACCAGUUUUCUCUCUCCAACACUUGUUUGAAUUAUUGAUGUGGCCCAUCAGCCUUCCCCACCUGUGGCACCUCCUCCUCCUCCUCCUCCUCCUCUCAGCCGCCCCUCUGUAGCCAACCCAGGAAGAUUCAGGAGCCAACCAGACUUUUUUCAAUUUGACCAAAACUGGCUGUCGUGCUAACCUCAGAGAGGAACUCCAAACUGACCUCAGCAGGAUGUGAUCCAAGACUGUUAUUAUGGACUACAGGUUUCCACAGUAGGACUACAAUAACCACAUCACUGUUAUCUGUCUCCUCUGUCUACCUCCUCCUCAACAACUCUGAGACACCUUCAUUGAUUUUACUCCACGGCACCACAGGAGCUGCUUUUCAACUCUCUUUACGUUCUCCGGACUCAUGUGGUCUUUACUCUGUGAAAAUGGGAUUUAUUUAUUCAUUCAUCCACCUUGGUUUUAAAGGAUAGUUCUCAGGGCGCAGUCASACUUCCAGGUGGUUUAAUCCGACCUGAAGCAGACUGGGAAAACCCACCUUCGUGCAUUUUUGUAUUUUCUUAAAAAAGGUAGCAGUGAGUAGCUUUUAUCUGUUGUGUUUUUAAAAGGAACAAAUCAGCACUUCGGUUGAGUCUGAAGCUCCUAAACAUUAAAAACUCAGAGACCCUGAUCAGGACCUCAAAGAGAGUUCAGAAUCAGUUCCUGGAACCACACGGUGACCUGAAAGAGAUCAGAACAUUCCACACCACAGCUCACAGUACGUGUUGACAUGCUCAGUGAUACCUUGUACACACCAAGACGUUCAGAUUAAACUUUUACCCCAAACA